AUGAGGGACCCCACUGCAGACAUGGAAGAAAAUUCCCAGCCCACGACCAAUGGGUCAACUGAACCCCGCCGCAACACCAAAUCUGUGCGAGUCGCGUUUGGUGCUGACCUUGAAACUACUAUCCCCGCACGCGAGCGGUCACCAGCUCCUUUACCUACUCAUCAUCGCUCUUUUACCACCGUUGAGCAAAAGCAAACCUCCUUUACACGGCCUUCUCGUCCUACAAGUUCUGGUGGAGAGAAUGCUGCGGUGGGGGUAGAGUCCCCACCGCGACGCCUAUCUCCUCGAAGGGUAGAGAGUAGUCGACCCGGCACAUUGAAACGGACGAGGAGUGAUUUUGGUCCGAAUAAUCGCGUUUCAUUUGACAAAUCAGCUGGAGACGAAGACGAAGAUUUUGCCAUGCGACACGGAUGGCAGGAGGAAUAUACCUCCAGCGAAUACCUGAAAAUUUUACACUCGAAUUUCUACAUGUAUUUCACCGAGAAACGCCACGACACAAAUGGUAUUCCCAGAGAUCCAGUCGGAAGUUGGCCCAGCCAGGAUUGGCGCAUGAAAGACCGUCUCAAGACCGUAUCAGCUGCGCUGGCAAUCUGCCUUAAUAUCGGUGUCGAUCCUCCCGAUGUGGUCAAAACAAAUCCGUCAGCUAAGCUGGAAUGCUGGGUCGAUCCCACCUCAACCACGGGUGGAGGCCAGAACAAGAUCAUGGAGCAGAUUGGAAAGAAGCUGCAGGAACAGUACGAGACUCUCAGCCUACGAACACGGUACAAGCAGUAUCUAGACCCAUCUGUUGACGAGACGAAGAAGUUCUGCAUCUCUCUGCGCCGAAAUGCCAAGGAUGAGCGGGUCCUCCUGCAUUACAACGGCCACGGGGUUCCAUUGCCCACCCAAUCAGGAGAGAUCUGGGUCUUCAACAAGAACUAUACUCAGUACAUUCCUGUGCCCCUGUACGAUCUGCAAUCAUGGCUGGCAGGGCCUAGCCUUUUUGUUUUUGAUGUGUCACACGCAGGCAACAUUGUCCAAAAUUUCCAUACCUUCGUCGAGAAGCAUGAGAAAGAAAAUAUCGAGACGAAAAAGCGAGACCCUACUGCAAUUGUUCAAAACUAUGGCGAUUGCAUUCUUCUCGCUGCCUGCCAGAAAAACGAAUCUCUCCCAACGAAUCCUGACCUUCCUGCUGAUCUAUUCACGUGUUGCUUAACGACCCCGAUUGAGAUCGCCUUGCGAUUCUUCAUUCUACAAAACCCUCUCCGAACGGAUAUCUCGAUUGAUGAUUUCAGGGUUCCGGGUAGACUUCAAGACAGGAGAAGUCCCCUCGGAGAAUUGAACUGGAUCUUCACAGCCAUCACUGACACAAUUGCAUGGAAUACUCUUCCUCGUACCUUGUUCAAGAAGCUUUUUCGACAAGAUUUGAUGGUCGCUGCUUUAUUUCGCAACUUCCUGCUUAGUGAACGCAUCAUGCGUACGUACAAGUGUCAUCCAAUCUCCUCGCCUGAUCUCCCUGAGACCCACCAUCACCCUCUUUGGAAGAGCUGGGACCUUGCUGUCGAAACAGUUCUUGCCCAGCUACCUGCUUUAAUCGAUCAUGAGGAAGGCCGUCGCCAUUACGAGUACCAGAACUCAUCGUUCUUCGCAGAACAGCUCACCGCGUUUGAGGUUUACCUUUCGUCUGGUCCUACGGAGAAGAAUCCACCGGACCAACUCCCCAUAGUGUUGCAAGUACUUCUUAGUCAAGCACACCGAUUACGCGCAUUAAUCCUCCUCAGCAAAUUUCUGGACCUUGGUCCAUGGGCCGUCCACCUUGCGCUCAGCAUUGGUAUUUUCCCGUAUGUUGUCAAGCUGUUGCAGUCAGCUGCUCAGGAAUUGAAGCCUGUCAUGGUUUUCAUUUGGGCGCGGAUCAUGGCUGUAGACCACACCGUUCAGAAUGACCUUUUGAAAGAUAACGGCAUCCAUUAUUUCAUCUCAAUCCUCGAUCCCACUUCUCCCAUUCCCGUGGGAAAUGCCAGUGAGCACCGAGCUAUGUGCGCAUUCAUUGUCUCUAUCUUUUGCAAAAACUACCCACAAGGCCAGAAUGUCUGUCUUUCUGCGGCGCUAUUCGACUCGUGUCUGAAACAUCUCGGUGACGUGGAAAACCCACUGUUGCGACAAUGGUCAUGUCUCUGCCUCAGCAUGCUGUGGUGUGAUUUCCCGGAAGCGAAAUGGAUGGGUAUUCGAAGCGCAGCUCCUGCACGACUUUGUGAAUUGAAUUUCGAUCCGGUUCCCGAGGUCCGCGCCGCAAUGUUGCAUGCCGUGACUACAUUCGUCGGAAUCCCCGACUUGACAGAUCAAGUUGCGCAGAUCGAGGAAACUUUAGCCCUGGCCGUUCUACCCAUGUCGUCCGAUGGUAGUGUGUUAGUCAGGAAGGAAUUGAUCGUUUUCUUCUCUACCUUUGUGCGGCGUCACCAGAACAAGUUUCUGGUGGCGGCAUAUGAAGAACUGCAGGAUGAAAAACAAUCUUUACUCAAUCGACUCCAGAGUGAAACACAUUCAGGGACUUCACCUGAAAGCUACAAAGGGCCUUCGGAUAGCGAUUCAAAAUCACUUCAGUUGUCACGGAAUACAACUUUCGGAACUCUUUGGAAGCAGGUUCUGAUAUUUGCCGUCGAUCCCCAUCCUGAUAUUGCUCAGGGUGCCGGUACUAUCGUCGACUAUAUAUAUCUCGCCCUCCUAGAGUCACCCAUGGCGACUCUCACUGACAGAAUCAGAGUUGAAAUAUUGGAGCUGACAAAUCGUCUUUCUCAACGAUACCAGAUUCAAGAGCGACCCGAAGCAAAGAAAACAGCGCCUCCCACGCCGACAUCAACAACCCCGACAUCCAGACAAGAAGGAUAUCUCUCCCUCGGCUUUAAACGUACCGCGAGUGUUGCCGCCUCUCUCAGAAACCUUGCAUUAUUUGGCAGCGCAGCAUCAGGAGAUCCAAACGACAGUCAAACACCUUCUUCGCCAACCAUGAGUCGGAUGCCAAUGACACCCCGCGGCCGCGCCCCUGCUGAAUGGACUCGACCCCCGGAAGUUAACGACCACGUCGCCCCUGCAACAGCUUAUAACCAAGCUCCCACCCCUACAUCACGUGGAUUUGUUCCUAGAAGCCUGGAUACGGCACCCAUAAUUCCCUUGAAAAGCAGAUUCCUGGAUUGGUCAACAGAGGUAUUUCUAUAUUUCCUUGCCGACUUCGGCAAAUCUCUCAACGAAUCGCUUGAUGAACCCUUACUCACCCCUGACAAGUAUUUCCGAGAGCCCCAGAUGAAACCCAACGAACCCGACGAGCCCGGUAGUUCGGAUUACAACGAGCGUCUAUGGAGACGCGGCCGAAACGAAAAGAUCAUUGCGGAAACCCAGCCUCUCAAAAGUAAGGCUGGGAACAGUUCAUGGGACAACUCGGUUGCACUGUUGUCGAAUAGCAGUCAACCGUUAAAGAUGUGCUUCCAUCAAUUUGAAGAUCACAUCGCUGUCGCAGAUGAUCGUGACAAUAUUGCCGUCUGGGAUUGGCAGAGUCAAAAGCGACUAAAUCAAUUCUCGAACGGCAACCCAGUUGGCUCCAAGAUCAACGAAGUUCGGUACAUCAACGAAGAUGAUCAAGCUCUUCUAUUGACAGGGUCCUCCGACGGCGUGCUCAAGCUGUUCCGCCAUUAUGAGUCUGCAAAGAAGAUUGAAGUGGUCACAGCUUUCAGAGCCUUGCCUGAACUCGUCCCUAGUAAUCGAAAUGCCGGUCUAGUACUUGAUUGGCAGCAGGGUCAAGGAAAGGCUCUAGUUGCUGGUGAUGUAAAAGUUAUCCGGGUGUGGAACGCAGCUACUGAAGUCUGCACUAAUGACAUCCCCGCACGAUCUGGCUCGUGUAUCACAUCUCUGACCUCUGAUCAAGUUGCCGGUAAUAUCUUCGUUGCUGGUUUUGGUGAUGGUGCCGUCCGUGUGUUCGAUCAACGAUUAAAGCCUACAACUUCUAUGGUCAAAGUCUGGCGAGAACACAAUCAGUGGAUUACCAAUGUUCACAUGCAGCGUGGUGGUUUGCGGGAACUCGUAUCUGGUAGUCGGAAUGGUGAGAUUCGACUGUGGGAUCUCCGAAUGGACGACCCGCUCUCUACAAUCCACGCCACUAAGGAUACACUUCGAACACUGAGCGUACAUGAGCAUGCUCCUGUCUUCAGCAUGGGAACUAACCGCCACGAGGUCAAGACCUUCAACGUCGAUGGCUCUUAUCUUUCCACCUAUGAGCCUUACUCAAGCUUCCUGCAUCAUAACCGCGCUUCUCCAAUCGCCAGCACGGCCUUCCACCCUCACCGCACCAUGUUAGCAUGUGCUGCAUUGCACGAUAACCACAUCAAUAUCGUAUCUUGCUAA